AGGAGGUGGAAGAGGAGGUGGAAGAGGAGGAGGAGGAGUAGGAAGAAUGCCCACCUAUAAAUCGCGGGUAAAAGGAGCAAGUCAAGUACAGUUCAGCCUUAACCUGAUCCGCGCCGCUCAGAGAGAGUUGCAGUUCCUCUACUUCGUCAACAGACACCCGGCGCUCUACCAGGGACCUCUAGUGAAGAAGGCCAUCCAGAGGUAUGAGCUGCUGUGGCUCCCUCUGGCGGCCAACUGCACGGAGAAGAUUCUUGCGCCUCCUUCAGACGUGCACUGGGUUUGGUACGUCCAUAUGCUGGCUCCUGAACACUACGCCAGAGACUGUAAAAACAUCGUAGGACAAAUCGUCGACCACAAGUUGUUUAAGCUGAAGGCGCUGAAGAAAGCACACAAACGGACUCGAAAGCUAUGGAUGGAGAUGUACCCUGACGAGCCCUUCGACGUGAUCCUAGACGGGUCUCAGCCGGUGGCACUAUCCCAGUACACCUCUCUCAUCAGUUACGACCUCGAGGCGGCCGUGUCCAGACAGAGUAUGUUCUAUUACCAGGUUUCUCUGCCACACUGCCUGACGAAGCCAUUCCUGAAGGAGGCGGUGGAGCGAUACAAGAAGUUUAUUUACCUCAAGUCGACCCACCCGGCGGAGUUCCUCGUCCCAUGCUACGAUAUGGAUAUUAUCUGGCACGCACAUAUGGUUCACCCUAAAAAGUACCAGAAGGACACACAAAGAGUCCUGGGCAAGACGCUUAACCAUGACGACUCUGUGAACGAUCGGUCGCCGGGGUCCAAAUUGACCUCCUCGGACGGGUCUACGCGACGCCUCUGGGCCCAGACCUUCGGCGAGAACUUCAGCAGGAAUGGCUCCAUGUUCCGGGGGGACCCUCCAGCGUGUAUCAUAGAACCUGUGCCUCCUGACCUGAAGAAGGCGGCGCUUGGCUCUGCUUUUCAACUACACGUCAGGAAGGUGGCGAUCGGCGGCGCUCCUCCCGGCACACUGAAAAUCAAGUUAGUUCACCAGUUCCGUAACUUGGAGAAGCAGAGGCUGGGGAAAAUCACCAUCUUCAAGGAACACGGUUAUGACAUGUCCGAACACAACAUUGCUGACCUGGGCUUUGAGUUCACAUUACCAGAUAAGGUCGUGAGAGAUCAGUUCGUGCUGGAGAUGGUGAGCCAGAAGGACGGGAUCAAGUCCAUGUUAAGCAGCGGGUCACAGAGCUUCGAGUGUAAUGGCCACUUCGACUUUACUGAGCUCUUGAAGCUUAGGGACGACACGGCCACCAUCAUUAAG